CAGAGGAGCAGAGAGACGGCGCGCAGCGUGUUUCUGCUGGAUGCGUUCAUUCAGUCUGAGGGGCUCCUCACUGAGUUCAGCUGGAGAACAACGGAGAAGAUUUGGUAAACAAACUGAGUCAGACUUAGUUUUAAAAUAUUGCCAACAGGAGUGUUUUUCUCUGAGUUAUUCCAGAAUAUAGAGGAGUAGAGGGAAACAUCUCCCAGCGAUUAGUUCGGACUUGAUGUGAAAGUCAAAAAAGUCCCAGUGGAAUAUGAUUUAAACCAAGGGGACACACAUCUCUGCUGCUCGCUAACAGGAUGAAUCGCAGCUUGCUUCAUGCUGUCAUGCUGCUGUGGGCCCUGUGCCCCAGCACACAGGGCCAGUGUGAUAAAUCAUCAGACACCAACAAACUCAACCUCUCAGUCAGCUAUGAGCUCCCAACUUUCACUGCAGACUUCCCCAUCCAGAACAUGGUGAUGCUGGAUGGGAUCAUCUACGUCGGGGCUGUGAACCGAAUCUAUGCCCUGGCCCCAAACCUCACCAAGCUCUCGGAGUACCACACUGGGCCACUGCUUGCCAAUGAGACAUGCGGCCACAAACUGACCGGCACAGAGACCAACGGCAGGGUGGACAACCACAACAUCGCCUUGGUGGUGGAGAACAUUUACGACAAAGGUUUGUACAGCUGCGGCUCUGCAGACAAUGGAGUUUGCCGUCGUCAUGUCCUGGAUGAUGACAUCCCUAAAACUGUAGACGAACAGGUCUACUGCUUUGCUGACAAGGUGAGGCAAGGCAAGGGUCAACCCAGCGACUCGGACGUUGUGGUCAGCCCUUCAGGCUCUCAGGUGCUCAAUGUGGAGAGCAACGUCAUCAAGUUUUUUGUUGGGAACUCUGAGAUCCCUGGCUUAGAAAAAGUACCUGGCAGUGCAAUACAUCCCCACACCAUUUCUCUGCGGAAGAUGAAGACAAGCCAAAAUGGCUUCACCUUCUUCUCUAACCACUCAUACAUGGACCUGAUUCCGUCUCUGCAUGGAAACUACUACUUGCGCUACGUUUACUCGUUCCACAGUGGACCUUUCGCCUAUUUCCUGACUGUGCAGCGGGUGAGCAGGGACUCUCAGGCCUACCACACACGCAUUGUCCGCAUGUGCUCCUCAGAUCUCGCGAUCCGCCGCUAUGUGGAGAUGCCCCUCGAAUGCAUCAGCACCGAUAAGAGGCGGCGACGCUCCCCGGAAGAUGUGAAGGUAUUCAACAUCCUGCAGGCAGCUCACGUCACCAAGGUGGGCAAUGACGUUGAACUACAGAAGCAGCUGAAAGUGGAAGAGGGCGAAGACGUUCUGUUUGCUGCCUUCGCACGAGGAAAACCAAACUCUCCAGAGCCGACUCCAAACUCAGCCGUUUGCAUCAUCUCCCUGAAACACAUCAACACUAUGUUCAAGAUGUACAUGCAGAAGUGCAACACCGUAGACCCCUAUCACUUCACUGGAUCUGACAAGCGGUCCUGCUACAAUGUGAGUUCCUCCGACGACUGCGACCCACACGAGGGAAUCCACGAAGGGAAGGAGGGCAAGUACCGCCUGCAGGUGACCCAGUUUGUCCAAAGGUUGGAGUACUGGCACAAAGAGCUCACCAACACCUUGGUUACCUCUAUAACCGUGGUGCCAGUGCAUGGUCGUGCAGUGGCGUACCUGGGCACCGACGAUGGACGCCACAUACAGGUGCUGUUCUCCCGAUUUGCCUCCCCCCAUGUCAACAUCCGCCUGGACUCCAGACCUGUCUCUUCCAGUGUGACACUGCUGGAUGUCAACCACUCAGAGGGAGCCAUGCUAAUCGCCACAGGAAACAAGAUCACCAAGGUCCCUCUGAUUGGGCCCGGCUGUGGUCAGCUGACCACCUGUACUUCCUGCUUGCUGUCGUCCAGGGUAACUGAAUGUGGCUGGUGUAACGGACGCUGCAGCAGAGCCGACCAGUGUCCCUCCUCCAUCUGGACACAACACUACUGUACACCGGUCAUCACCAAGGUUUUUCCAUCCUCUGGGCCGAUACGAGGAUCUACAGCAGUCACUAUUUGCGGGCAAAACUUCGGCUUCGACAAGACGGAGAGCUUCAAGGCCUCACUGGUGACUGUGGAGGUGUCAGGAGCUCCCUGCAGACUGCCCAGACAAGACAACGUCAACAGGUGGACUGAGAUGCAGUGUUACCCAGUGUUCAGUGGGAACUUCACCCCGUCAGGACACACAGUGAAGGUCAGCACCGGCAACAAGGUAGCCAAGAUGGAAGGCUUCACCUUUGUGGACCCGGUGAUCCAUGAAAUCUUCCCAACGUUUGGGCCGAAGUCCGGAAACACCAUGCUGACCAUCAGAGGAGCUUUCCUCGACACUGGAAACAAACAAGCGGUGACUGUUGGGAAAAGCGCGUGUAAAAUCCAGAGCUUGUCGUCUACCAUGCUGACCUGCAAAACGUCCCCGCAUGCUGUUCCAUCCGAUCAACCCGUGAAGCUGACAGUGGACUCAGUGGAGGUCCACGCCCCUGUGAUGUUCACCUACAACCAAGACCCCAUCAUCAACAGCAUCCAGCCGUCUCGCUCCUUCGUCAGCGGAGGCUGCACGGUGUCAGCUCACGGCUUCUUCCUCCAGUCUGGCCUCCAGCCCCAGAUGGUCCUCACCACUGGUCAGGACGCUGAGGUCUUCCAUGUGAGCUGCGUGUAUGGUGAGAACAGGACGUCCAUCCAGUGCACCACGCCCUCUCUAGCUAAGCUCGCCCUGCAGCCGCCGGUGGUCACCAAGGUGGCGUUCGUCUUGGACGGCUACUCCACGGACCAGUGGGACUUGAUCUAUGUGGAAGACCCCCUUUUCCAGGGCCCCAAGCUCACCUCCAAAGACAACAAGAGCAUAGUGGAGCUCAAGGGCGAUCGGAUGGACAGGGAGGCGAUGAAGUGUCAGGUCCUGACUGUUUCCAAUCACAGCUGUGAGACUCUGACUCUGGUGGGAAACACUCUGGAGUGCACCGUUCCCACCGAGCUGCAGAGCGCCACUGCAAAAGAGCUGCAGGUGGAGUGGCGUCAGGCGGAUUCUAUCAGGCACCUGGGCAAGGUGACGCUGGCACAGGAGCAGGACUACACGGGCCUGAUCGUGGGCUGUGUCUGUGUCAGCUUGCUGCUGCUGCUGCUGGGGACGCUGCUGAUGUGGAGAAGAAACAAACACAUCGACGAUCUGUCUGAGGUGUGGUAUGAUGGCCGGGGGCACAUCCAGCAUCUGGACAGGCUGGCUAACGCAAGGAGCGUCAGCCCCACUAAUGAAAUGGUCUCCCACGAGUCAGUCGACUAUAGAACAACCCUGCUGGAGGAUCAGGGCACCGACAGGCCAGAGACGUGCAGGGCGGCCCCUCCCAUCUAUGGAGGCAACGGGGAGCUGCUGUCUCCCAGACUGGGGGCACUGGGUGGAGGGAUAGGUAUUGGGAUGGAGGGCGAGCUGGUGUCGCCCCUGCUGAUGGCCCCGGUCCACAUAGAUCCAUCCUGUCUCCACCCAGACCUCCUGAAGGAAGUGCAGCACGUGGUGAUCGCCAGAGAGCAGCUGCUGCUUCACCUCAACCAAGUCAUUGGCAGAGGUCACUUCGGUUGUGUUUUCCAUGGAACUCUGCUCGAGCCAGACGGGCAGAAGCAGCACUGUGCCGUCAAGUCCCUGAACCGUAUCACAGAUCUUGAAGAGGUGUCCCAGUUCCUGAAGGAAGGAAUAAUCAUGAAGGACUUCAGCCACCCCAACGUUCUCUCCCUGCUGGGUAUCUGCCUUCCACCCGAGGGUUCGCCAUUGGUGGUCCUUCCCUACAUGAAGCACGGCGACCUGCGCAACUUCAUCCGCGACGAGUCACACAACCCGACAGUGAAAGACCUGAUGGGCUUCGGGCUGCAGGUGGCCCGAGGGAUGGAGUAUCUGGCCAGCAAAAAGUUUGUCCACAGAGACCUCGCCGCCAGAAACUGCAUGUUGGAUGAAAGCUACACAGUGAAGGUGGCAGACUUUGGCUUGGCCAGAGACGUCUAUGAUAAAGAAUAUUACAGCGUCCACAACAAGAGCGGAGUCAAGCUUCCUGUCAAAUGGAUGGCACUGGAGAGUCUGCAGACGCACAAGUUCACCACCAAGUCAGACGUGUGGUCAUUUGGCGUGUUGCUAUGGGAACUGAUGACCCGUGGAGCGCCCCCAUACUCUGAUGUGAACUCCUUCGACAUCACCGUGUUCCUCCUGCAGGGGCGGAGGCUGCUGCAGCCUGAGUUCUGUCCUGACGCACUCUACACAGUGAUGAUUGAGUGCUGGCAUCCGAAGUCGGAGCGCCGCCCCUCUUUCUCCGAGCUGGUGUCGCGCAUAUCCGCCAUCUUCUCCAGCUUCAGCGGCGAGCACUACGUGUUGCUCAACACCACCUACGUCAACAUCGACAAGAUGAGCCCAUACCCCUCUCUCCUUGCCUCCACCGCCAACUCUUCCACCUCCUCCUCCUUCUCGUCCUCAUCCGACGCGACCACCUCCACGUCCCUGCCCUCCCAAUCCCUCUUCCUUUGCCACGUGGAGCGGGACUGCUGCACCUGAACGAGGGAACUGGAGGGAGGGAGGGCCGAUGGAACAAGACUCAGAAAGGGAGCAGGGAAGAAAGCCAGGUGAGGAGAUGAAGAACUACUGUAUGUACUUGCAAAACACUGGACACUGUAUGCCGAGGGGAAACAGUUUUACGGAGCUUUGACUGUUUGCUCAAUGUACAUAGAUCCUCAACCUUUGACCUUCUCAAACUGACUUUAGCGACAAACCUGUGUGACCUUUAAUCGACCCCAGGGAGUGGGAGGUCAGCCUUUCUGCGUCUUCUACAAGACAAUUACAAGGCACAGUAACGCCUCCGCCGAAACUUUACAGCGGAGGAGGCCAGUGACACAGGAGCACAACGCCAUUCGUCAAUCACCCCAAAAAGCCCCACUGACUGCUGUACCCACCCUCACUGACAGAGGGAUAGAUUUCGUGAUUCUGCUCUUGUGCGGGUGGCGUGUGCUUCGAUAUGCGGAUGUGGCUUGGACCUUUUCGCUGUCUGUAAUGUGAAUGUUCGACAAAUGGCCAUGUAUAGUGUCGUAUAAAGGAUUUCACACCUCCACACACUAUAAACUAGACUGUAUGCCACCCUCAUACACCUCAGAGACAAUGGCGCCUGCUGUGAUAGAUGUAGCUGCCUCGGGUGAGUAAACUGAGGCAGGCUGCAGAUCAAUAACAGCAGGAAACAGGGGGAUGCACGUGUAGGUGUGAGGUCCGAUGUGUAAAAAAAAAAAAAAAAAAAAACUGCUGCCUGCGUGCAGGUCACUGGAUGCUUUGUUGGUAAUAAUUAUCUUUGGAUAAUUAAAAAAAGAAAAAUCACUGUCUCACCAUGACUCACCAGAAUCCCCAGAUGUUUCUGAGUGAAAAAGGUUAGAAGCAGCUUUUAUUUCCUUUUUGUUUUUAAACCUGAAGCUUUGAGGUUUUCUUGGAAAGAAAGAGAGCAAAUGAGAAUCAUGUUCUUUUUUUUUUCUCACUGUUUCUGUAUAACUGACAUUGUAUUGACGGAGAAUUUGCUCUGACUGACAGAUUCACUGAGACAAAAGGCUCAGAGCCAGAAGUAGGUUUUAUUUCAGGUUUGGUUCAUUUAACUGUAAACCUAAAAAUCUCUUCAACAGUUAUUCCAUUACGUACCUUUUGGUCAACAUUUCACUAAAGAGCUUGUUAUCCCGUGUGUCAAACUUUUACCUCAGAGGUUCCCUGUGGUCCCAUGGCUUAAAAAACCAGGUGUGUGUUAUUGUGCGACUGUGAGCGACAGCUAUGUGUCACUCUAUCUUUAUGACAACUGUGUGUUAUUUCCUUAUGAAGAAAUACUUUAUCAUUAAAGACCAAACCAGAGUGUUUGCCAAUUUUAGCUUCAUAACUACAAAAAAUUUGUAUUUUCAAAAGCCUGUCAUUGAAUUUAAAAUGUUUGGAUUUUAGUACGAUAUAGAAAUUGUUUAACAGAUUCUUGAAUCUUGUGUAAUCCAUCACAUUUGUUUGUUUGUGGUGUCAGCAUUGUGUUUUAAUGCAGUUCUAUGGAUUGGGCCGAUUCAUGAUGAUAUCGAUUAUUGACAAUUGUAGAUUCCAGCUGAUAUUCACUUUGCAUUCUGCUCCUCAGAAGGUCCAAUUUUCCAACUUGUUCUGUCUUUGAUAUGUUCAUGUGCUUUGAAGUGGUAAACAAUGUGUGUUGUACUUAUGUGUUUAGAGCAUUUUAACAACCCAUUAGCUAUGUCCCAAUUCAGGGGCCACCUCCUUCACAGGAUGACGUCUACAAAGACUGCCUCCUAUGUGGGCCGAGUUGGCCGUCAAGGGCAAACCGAAAUGAGACAGUCUGGUUUACACAAGAUCUGUGUGAUCAGCAUCACCAGCUUGUUCCAUCCUUAUUGCUGUUGCCUGGCAAUGAAUCCGUGGAUAGGUUGGCCCGAGAGGGAUCCACCCGUUGGAGCCUUCAUUGCUCCGGGUUUAAAGGAUGCCUUUGUCAGACACAUUAAGAGUAGCCUUUGAAAUGUGGCAGUCUAGUUGCACUGCUGUGACGCAGUCAGUCUACAAUUGGCGUCCAAAGAAAGCAGCCCCUGAAUUGAGACACAGCUUUUGACACCUGUUUCCAAUAUAAGCAUAAUAACCAAUGGCAAAGGAUCAGGUGUGACAGGCAAGUAAUUAGUGCAUGUUAGUCAUAGAAGCCUCUUUUUAUUGGCUAAACAUUGUGGCUACUAUUUAGAGCUGAUUGUAAAAUGAUAUUAAUUAAUUUAUAUGUAAUGGUGUCAGCAUUUCAUGUUCCAUAUUUUUCCACUAAUAAUUUACCAAAAUAAAAUGGUAUAAAUUGUUAUCAUUUACACAAAAAUUACAUAAUAGACCAAAGUCUGCCUCCUCCAGCUCAUUCUGUGUACAUUUGAUAUAUUCUGAUGGAUUACACAAUUCAAGACAUUUUCAAGAAUCUGUUAUGGAUUUUCAAAUGUACAGAAACAAAUAUGAAAUCAAGGCUUCCUGGAACCAGAGAAAAAUGGAAAAAAUUAAGUCAACAUAAUUUGUUGUAAAACACAAACCUCUGGUGCGGUCAGUGCCCCCUUUUCUUUGCUUUGUGUAAUAAAUGUUGUUUUAUUUGAGGGGCUGCUGAUAAGACUGGGCCAUCGACGGACAGGUAUGAAUGUUUGCUAUGACAAGAAAAUUGAUGUACUAUAUUUUUGUAUCGGUGAUGAACCUUUUUCUUUAAAUCUGCUUUACUAAAGUGAUCAGUGCCAUGAACAAUGAACACAGCCACUCACACAAUCCUUUUGUCUCUGUGACCAAUCUCUGCCAUUUUGUAAAUAAAAAGGAGGGAUCUGUGUGGGUCUGUAUGCAGCGUGCUGAGCCGCACAAACGCGUGGCUGUGUGCUCAUGUAGCUUCUGCCCAUCACUGCCAGAUCAUUGUGGGAGCAGCGAGGAACUGAACAAACGUGAGCAACGCAACACUCAGAAGACUGCUGUCACUUUGAUCAUGUGAUUCUACAAGACUCACUGUCUGUGCUUAACACUGUCUUGUGUGUGUGUGUGUGUAUGAUUUAUCAUCUAUUAAAACAAUUCUGAAGGUACAUGUUCCUAUGUAAUGUCAAAUGGGCUGUCAGUGUAAUAAAGCUAUGAUAUCAGAGUUAA